AUGAUGUACACACAGGCAUCAGACGCAGGCUUGAUGAUAGUUGCUCAGUUGGAGAGCAUCGAUUCGAACCCUAUUGGAUCCAAACCAACCACCCUCACAGAAGGAGAUCACUCUCUGGUCUAUAGAGCAACAGAUGCUGCAGGCAACACUGAUACAUGCUCUUUUGACCUCCAGGUCAAAGUGGUAAGAUGCCCGCCUAUUUAUGCUCCAUCGAAAGGUCAUGUUACUCUACUCCUGGGUCAGGGGUCAUGUGAGGGUGGAGCUGUGUUGGGGUCAACAUGCCAAGUGACCUGUAGCCUUGGUUACGACCUCCCAGACAAAAUGGAGCAUGUGGAGUUGAUAUGUGGGCAGAGUGGAGGAGGAAGUAAUACAGUUGGAGCAUGGAAUGAGAAUGUGCCGAUUUGUCAAGUGGCAAGAUGUGAAAUCCAACCCUCUGCCAACAGCUCUGUACGAGGCUGCCCUUUUGAAGAUGCAUCAUACGGAGAUCAGUGUGAGUUUGCUUGCGAUGAUGGAUACUUGACAGAACAGGGGCUUAAGAGAGCGACUCGUACCUGCACUGCAGAUGGAAUAUUCUCAGGAGAGGAUCUUGUUUGUAAUGCUUCUGUGAGCUGUCUGUCCGGUUUCAGACUGGACCAUGGUACUGUAUCACCAGCAGAGUGUACCAAUUCGGACUCCAGGAUUCCUUAUGACACUCCCUGCAAUUUUCUAUGCAACAAUGGUUUCCUGCAGCAUGGUUCUUUUGCCAAAACCUGUACAGCAGAUGGCACCUGGAGUGACAACAGGAUUGUCUACUGUGAAGAUCAUCAGGAGCCCACGUUUGAUGAACCCUGCCCGAGGUAUAUCAAUGUCAACGCUGACAGAGGAGCACUCAAUACCACCGUGGAUUUUGUGAUUCCUAGCGCUUCAGAUAACUCAGGGAAUGUCACGGUAAAAAGAAUCGCUGGUCUGCCUGGACCCAAUGCAACCUUUUUGGAAGGCACUACAACGACUUCCUACGUUGCUUCUGACCCUAGUGGCAAUGCAGGCCGCUGUCAGAUAGAUAUUCAUGUUAAUGUUUUCCGGUGUCGAAGACCUCAAGCACCAUCCAGGGGCUCCCUUGUCAACUGCACAGACCCUAUAUAUGGCUCAGAGUGUUCUUACACAUGUAACCAGGGCUAUGAGCUUGUUGGUCCAUCCAUACGCACCUGUGAACUGACUCAAGGCCAAGCUCCUGCAUCAUGGGACGGAGAACAGCCCUCAUGUAGACCCCGUACCUGCCCAUCCCUUGCGACCCCACCUUUAGCAGUCAGGUCAGGGUGCCACCAGGAGCCACCUGCAGAAGAGACCUUCGGAACCCUCUGUACCUUCUACUGUCCCUAUGGCUUCAGAGGGGUUGGUGAUCAUCAGAAGCGUUGCCAAGCUGACGGGACCUGGAGUGGCUCUGACUUCACUUGUCAAGCCGUUGCCUGUGCUCCACUGGGAGUGGUGAAUGGAGCCACCAUCACACCUGCUGACUGCCAGACAGACCCCACGUUUGGAGAGACAUGUCUGCUUCGAUGUAACACACCUGGGUUCCAGAUCCAGCCAAGGAUUCUGAGCGAUACGGUUUGCCUAGGAACUGGGUUCUGGUCCAGGAACAUCACCCAAGCAUCAUGUGUUGAUAUUGAAGAGCCUGUGUUCACAGCCUGCCCGAAUGACUUCAUUGUCUAUACCCCUGAAGGAGAACUGCUUACUGAUAUCACCUGGGAUGUACAGGCCACUGAUAACGAUCCCACCGCUGCCACCAGUAUUGUGUGUGACCUGGAGCAAGGAGUGAUGCCUGAAGGGGACUAUGCUGUAGAAUGUACUGCAUCGGAUCCCAAAGGCAAUACACAGACCUGCUUCUUUGAGAUCACUGUGAGAGUGAGAAGAUGUCAGCCUCUCUACCCGCCCGUGUUUGGUAAUGUCGUUGGAUCAUGUGACAACGUAUGGGGAAGCGAGUGUGAAGUGGAAUGUGCUACUGGAUACUUCCUCGUUGGUCCGAGCCUAACUCAUUGUAACUACACAGGGCAACGCAUGCACUGGCAGAGAGAAACAACACCCUUUUGUGAUAUUGUUGGAUGUGACCCCCUGGAUCUUCCACUGAACAUCAAUGUGUACCCUGCCACAUGCACCAGUAUGGAGAAGCUCUACUACGGGACAGAAUGCACCUUCUUCUGCCACAAUGGACUUACUUUAGAGGGCGCUGUACACUCAGUCUCCUGUGCCGCAGAUGGAGAGUGGGACUUAGAUGCUGGUGCAAUCGAUGUGACAUGCGUUGAUGAAGUAGCUCCAACGUUGACAUUCUGCCCUGGCCCCAUAUCAAUAAUCCGUACUGAAGUCUGGGGUGUAGAAGUGACCUUUGACCUACCCAGAGCUCAGGAUAAUGCCGAUGGAGUCCUCUCUGUGACCACCUUGCCUGAAAAUCUGAUCUCCCCCUUUAACUUCACAGAGGAUGCUGUGGCUAGCUAUACGUUUUCAGAUUCAGCUGGCAACUCUGUGACAUGCUCUUUCUCUGUCUAUGUGCAAGAUGAAAUACCUCCUGUAGUAGUCUUCUGCCCUGCUGACAUCCAUGUCAACACCAGUGAGGUCUUGACCGAAGUCACCUGGGAAAUACCAGUCUUUGAGGAAGUUACUGGUGAUGACCUCCUCAUCACCAGUAACCAUGACAACCAUAUGGCAACAUUCCCAUGGGGAGAACAUGUUGUCAGCUAUCUAGCCUCAAAUACAGACAACGGAAAAACGGUUGGAUGUGACUUUUCUGUAUCAGUUGCACCUGUUACUUGCAAUGAGCUGAGAGCGCCUGGGAACGGAGCAUUGUCCUGUGACCAAUGGGCGUAUGGACGAUUCUGCAGCAUUUUCUGCAGUGACGACUAUGACAUCCCAAGGCUUCGGUCAUCCCGGCAGCCCCCUGAACAUUAUGUUUGUGGAGGGAGCGGCCUCUGGAGCCCUCAUGCCUAUGUACCAGAUUGCUCAGCUAUCAAGAGGCCAGGCCAGUGCAACCUUCCAAAUGAGCUUCUAUACUUCUCUGGAGCGUGUGGCACGCAGGACAACCUGAACCAAAUUGCAAAUGCCUUCUUGGGAGUCCUUCGGGGAACUGACUUCAGCGGUGUCUGCACCCAGUCUGACCAGUGCACUGCUAAUAAUGUCAAGGUCACAUGUGGACCAAACCUUGAGGUCAGACGAAGAGGCCGUAGAGAGAUUCCUCAAAGGAGACUCUUUAGAAGCAAGGGGAAAGUGGAUUCUGCAUUGCAGACGGAGGAGCAGGCAGAACACCGCCUGAAGCGACAGGCUGACAGUCCUUUCCUGGUGUCCAUUGAAUGGGACUUUGUGGUAAACAUCGAUCAAGACCCAAGCCUGGCUAACUUUGACGCUGCCAGAGCUGCUGAGGACAUCAUGGUGUCCAUGAACGAUAUCCUUUACGAUCAGAUCAUAGAAGGAACCUUUCCUGAUUUCACAGAUGUUUCUGGAGCCAACAUCACCCUGGACGAGGAGUCACUGACAUACGACUAUGCAGAGGUCAUAUGCGAUGAUGGAUUCACAGCGGACAAUCAAGAUCUACAGUGUGUUCCUUGUAUCGUGGGGACCUUCUAUGACAACGUGACCCAGGUUUGCCAGGCCUGUCCCAGGGGAACCUACCAAGACUCUGAAGCACAGACAGCGUGUACCCCAUGUGAAGAGGGCAAGUGGACAGAGGAAGAAGGGUCAACCAAUGCUACACAGUGUUUAGAUGUCUGUGAUGCGGGCCAUUUCUCAUCCACUGGCGUAGCCCCAUGUCAGCCGUGUCCUAUUGGAUCUUACCAGUCUCUCCCUCUGAGCACUACGUGCCUUCAGUGCCCUAACGGAACCACCACAUUGGCUUCUGGUUGCAUUGAAAUGCAACAAUGUAUGGAGCCAUGCACACCCGGUGCCUUCUCCCUCUCUGGUGUUGAUCCUUGCAAUCCAUGUCCAUUGGGCUCCUAUCAAAGUCGUGCGCAACAGACGUCAUGUGACCUUUGCCCUGGACAACUCUCCACCAAUAGCAGCGGAGCACAAUCAGUGCAGGAGUGCACAGAUAUCAACGAAUGUGCAUCCGACCCCUGUCAGAAUGGUGCGACCUGUGUUGACCUCACAGGCAGCUUUCAAUGCAUAUGCGCUUCAGGCUUCAGUGGCAGAGACUGCGAGAUUGAUAUUGAUGAUUGUGCCCUCUACCAGCCGUGUCUACAUAAUGGGACCUGUGUAGAUCUUGUCAAUAGUUAUUCUUGUGUAUGUCUUCCUGGAUUUACAGGAGUGGAAUGCGAAGUAGCUUUUGACCUCUGCCAGACCUUGCCAUGUCAGAACAAUGCAACCUGCAUCAGCUCUGCGACACACUACGAAUGUCAGUGUUUACCAGGAUACCAUGGUAAUGACUGCGACAUGGUGCUUAACCCAUGCUCCCCAAAUCCUUGCCUCAAUGCUGCUACCUGCAGUGUGUUGGAUGGGGAGGAUGGUGGUGGUUACGAGUGUGAUUGCGCUCCUGGAUUCUCUGGGUUGAACUGCUCCAGAGAUAUCAACGAGUGCCACAGCCAUCCCUGUCUGCAUGGAGGGACUUGUCAGGAUGUAGUCAAUGGAUUCCUUUGUUCUUGUAGCACUGGGUAUGAGGGUCCACAGUGUGAAGUGGAUAUUGACCUUUGCUCCAGUGACCCCUGCCUUAACAACGGAUCCUGCUUUGACCUCGUCGACACGUUUGAAUGCCUCUGCAAAGCUGGUUAUGCAGGACAGCUCUGUGAGCGACAGAGAAACGCAUGUGAUGAUGAUCCCUGUCUCAAUGGAGGAUCGUGUCAGGCUGGGACAGGAGAGGGCGUUUCUCAUAUCUAUACAUGUGAAUGUCAACCAGGGUUCAUAGGUCGCGAUUGUGAGGUCAAUCGGGAUGAUUGUGCAUCAAGUCCUUGCUCUAAUGGAGCCACCUGUCUGGAUGAUGUGGAUGGGUUUACCUGUACUUGUACUGAAGAGUUUACAGGCCCAACUUGCGAUGAUAAUAUCGACCAGUGCUCCCGUAACCCAUGUGGGCCUAAUUCCACCUGUUUGGAGAAGGUCGGUGGUUACCAAUGUCUUUGCCCACCCGGCAGGACUGGGGAGGAGUGUCUGGAUGCGGUGGACCUCUGUGAUGGAGGUGGGCGGUGUUUGAAUGGAGGAACCUGCAUCAGCAGGGGAGAAACUUUCUCCUGCCAAUGCGUCUCUGGAUUCCAAGGGUCGCAAUGUGAAAUAGACAUUGAUGAGUGUGUAAGUGAGCCCUGUUUUCACGGAUCAACCUGCCUGGAUUUGAUAGGAAACUUCUCAUGUGUAUGCGCACUUGGAUUCUCUGGACCCACUUGUGAAGAAAACAUAGAUGAUUGUUUGUCAAGUCCCUGCAUCAACGGGACAUGUGAUGAUGGGAUUAACUCCUGGUCAUGUGACUGUUUCCAAGGAUACCAAGGUGAUGUUUGCAACAUCCCAGUUGAUUUCUGCCUGAGCGAACCCUGUUUAAACGAUGGUGUAUGCACCAGUCUUCAAACUGGUUUCACUUGCACUUGCCUUUCGGGUUUCACCGGUACCACAUGUGAAGUCAACAUUGAUGAGUGUUCUAGCUUCCCCUGUAUUCAAGGAUCAUGCCUUGAUCAUAUUGAUGGAUACAUGUGCCUCUGUGAUGAGGGCUUCAGUGGGAUCCACUGUGAGACCAACCAAGAUGAGUGUAUCAGUGCUCCGUGUCUGAACAACGGGACUUGCACCGAUAGACCAAGGGGUUAUACAUGUCAGUGUCCUUCAGGCUUCAAUGGAACAAACUGUGAGGUUGAUGUAGACGACUGUUUUAACAGCGAGUGUGAAAACAAUGCUACCUGUAUUGAUGAAGUUGCAGGCUACCACUGCCGAUGUCUUCCUGGUUACACAGGAAUCCAAUGCCAGCUCCGGGUGAUCCCAGCCUGCUCCUCCCAUCCCUGUACUAAUGGAGGCUCAUGCAAGGAGGAUGGUGAUAGGGGAUUCCGAUGCGCCUGUCUAGAAGGUUUCACAGGGGAAGCCUGUGAGAGGGAUGUGGAUGACUGUGUGAACAAUGACUGUGAGAAUGGUGCUACUUGUUUAGACCAGGUCAGUGGCUUUAUCUGCCAAUGCCCACCAGGAUACAACGGAACAUAUUGUGAGAUGAAUAUUGAUGAUUGUUCAUCCAAGCCAUGUUUGAACAAUGGUUCCUGCAUUGAUCAGGUGUCUGGCUUCGCAUGUCUGUGCUCUAAUGGAUACACUGGGGAAUUAUGUGAUACUGACAUAGAUGAAUGUGGCUCAAAUCCUUGUUUGAAUCAUGGUUCAUGUGAGGAUACCAUAGGUGGUUACAUCUGUCAGUGUGGCGCUGGCUUCAGAGGACUGUAUUGUGAUGAGGCCAGCAUGGAGUGCGGGAGCAACCCUUGCCUCAAUGGAGCGACUUGUGUGGAAGGGUUCACUCAGUUUGUAUGUGACUGUGCUCCUGGUUACACAGGAUUACUAUGUGAAACAGCUCUUCCUUCUGAUUUUGACCUCAUCUUCAACCCUGAAUCUGAAGUAGUACAUUUUGCUGAUGUUCAGUCAGGUGAUAUCAGUCACAUGACUAUCUCUGCCUGGAUACGCAUCUUGCACGCGCCGCAAGAUUUUCACAUCUUUGCAUACAUCGUUGGAGAUGAGGAGUACUCACUCUCUAAUCCCUGCAGCCUCAAACUCUUAAGUAAAAGUACGUCAUACAAUGUAGGAUCCUCCCUGUGUGACAAUGCCUGGCAUCAUGUUAGUCUUCAAUGGACAUUUGAACCUGAAAUCAUCUGGAUCCUGUCUGUUGAUCAAGGAAACACUGUAUACAGGAAUAGAACCAUGCCAUCCUCUCGGGUUGUAGGACCAGGAUAUAUUGUGGUGGGCUCAGAUAACAUGGAACAGAAAGAUUAUGUCAUCAUGAGUGGUAUCAAUGUUUGGGCUUCUCGUCUGGAGGAGGAAACCUUAGAGGAAAUAUCAUCUACUUGCCAGCCCGCCCUCUUUGGUGACAUUGUGUCAUGGACAGACAUGGUGUCAUCAGAAAACAUUACAUCCACUCAGAUAGAAUCCCCAUCCAUGUGUGACGCUGUUGACGAGUGCAUGUCGAACCCAUGUAUCCAUGGAUCUUGUGAAAACAAACUAGAAGGUUUUCAUUGUGAGUGUGAAAGUGGCUAUAAAGGAGAACUGUGUACAGACACACAAGACUUGUGCAGCGAUGGACUAUGUAAGAAUGCAGCCUCAUGUCAAACAGUAGAGGGAGCCCCUGAGUGUCUGUGCAGGAAAGGAUUCUCUGGGCAGUUCUGCGAAACUAGAAAAGUUGAUGGAGCCUGGUCCUACUGGUCCUUGUGGACAGAGUGCAGUUCCACCUGUGGAGGUGGUACCCGGUCCAGGACUAGGGACUGUACCAACCCAGCUCCACAGGGAGGAGGUCUGAACUGUACAGGGAAGGCUGAACAGGAUGGAAUAUGCAAUGCGUUUGAAUGCCCAGGCUGUCUCAGACUUAGAAGACCACUCAGGGGCUACCUCCACUGCGAGGAGCAUCCAGAGAUGACUAACUGCACCAUCAGCUGUCGCCAUGGUUACGGCUUUGCUGAGAGGGCCAUGGAAUUCUACUUCUGUGGAAAGGAUACGAACUACCGAUGGAAUCACCAAACAGCAAAAAAUAGAAGGGCCAUAUUUCCUUCUUGUACAGAAGUCACCAAGAGCCUUGGGAUGACGGGGGUGUUGGACAUUGGUUAUCCUGGUGCUGUGUGUGUCACAGCUGGUGAUAAGGAGAGUCUAAGAAAAGCUGCAUACAGCUCAUUGAAUACACACUCUGAAGACAUCGACUGCCUGAGAGAGAAUUCAUGCAAAAUUCUUCAAAUCCAGGUGCAGAACUGCCAACUCUUGACCAACAAGCGCCGGUCAGUAGAGUCAGCAGGAGAGGUCGAAAUAAGCAUCACUGUCUCUCACAAUGACAGCAUUGAACAUCACUCUGUAGGAGCAGAUAAUACCACAGAAUUCGAGACCAUGGAACUUCUGGACAUUUUCUACUAUAACAUGAGCUCGCUUCUCAGGAAUGAUUCCUUGACCCUUGAGGUUGCUGACCAGGUCUUACACGGUGACCCGUCCUCCAUCACAGGAGAUAUUUGGGAGAACUGUCCAUCUGGUUACAUUGAUAGCACCGUCAAUGGAUUUUGUGUGCCGUGUGGGAUUGGCACUUACUGGGCACUUACGGAAGGCAACACCACAGAUUACGACUGCUACCCAUGUCCUCAGGAUACUUACCAGGAUGAAGAAGCCCAAGAUGAAUGCAUCCUCUGUCCUCCAGAUACGUUCACAGAUGACCUCCAUGCUUCUAACGUCACCCAGUGUAAAGUUCCUCCUACUGUUCCUGUGUUUACUACAUUGCCUCCUACUCAUCAGCCAGACCAUUUCCCGCUUCCUCUCAUCACCGCUACGGCAAUAGGAGUUGUUGUUCUCUUAGUCAUCAUCCUUGUCAUUGCUGCUCGGUGCAAACACCGACACCGAAACAAGACUGGAUCGGUUGCCACUCAAGAUAUCCAGCUGCUAAACCCAGCAGCAGCCGGAACCAAAGGAACCUUUACCUACAACGCCUAUGAGGAACAAGGCACAAAGAACCAUGACUUCAUCUUUGGGGGUGAUGAUGUUUCCUCCUCCAAAGAAAAGUUGUCCAACAUCGACACCUUUGGGGUCUCUCUUUCGGAAUACCCAACCCUCAAGCUUGGCACAAACCUGGAGGAUGACUUGAAGGUUUAUCUUCCACCUCAAACACCAACUACGUUUGGAACCCAGGUACAAGCGGAGGAGAAAAUGUAACAUGUUUUUGUGAAGGAGAUUUAAGCUCCCUACUGACUUUGUUGUGUUUUGUACUCUGAAAUGAAAGCUGGACAAAGUCUGACGACGGAUAAUUGAUUCUUACUGGGCACCUGACACUGUUUGACUAUGUUGUAGGAUGUCAGCUUAGAAGCUGGAUACCAGAUUUGAUCACAAACUUUGAUGCGACAGUGCCCAGGAAACUCUGUGUCACCAUGGGCCUUCCAAGAGGGGGAUGUAGAUGUCACCCUCCCCCCCCAUCUUUGUCUCUCCUUUCAAUAAGGUGUAGCGAUCACCCAUGCAUCACCUACGUUUUUUUAAUAUCAAGACAAGGAAAUCUUUCUUUCAUGAAUCAUGCUUGUUGAACUUUUGAAGUUUUGUAUGUAGAGGCCUUUUAGGCAAGUAUGUGAGAAAUCUUUGGCUUUUCUUACAGCCAGCAAAUAAGGUCUUACACCUUCUCUUUCAUUAUGAUCUAGCGAUGAUCCAUGAUUUAAUGUCAAGACAUAAAUAGAUUUCUUUCAUGAAUCAUGCCUGUCCAAUUUGGUAAUAGCCUGUU